AUGGCUAACGGCGGCGCGCACGGUCCAGCCGAGAUCUUCAAUCGCUUCUGCCAGCUCAAAGGGGUGAAACCACAAAUCCAGAUUACUGAGAGUCGUGGCCCCGGGCAGUGGUUGCAAUCCUUCAAAUGUUUCAUCGCCGUCCCGGGUGUUGCUAUCAAGGGUGAAGGCUGGGGCAAGAGCAAACCGGCGGCAAAGCUGCAGGCUACUCUACAAUAUGUAGACUCCUUGCAAAAGCAAGGUUUAGCGCAGGCGCCGCCGCCUACUCAAGUCUUGAAGCGCAAGCGAGAGGACUCCGUACCUGCGCCGGUGAAACGCCCAGCGCACACUGUCUCUUUGCACGCUCCUCCUGUGCUUCGACAUCCGAUACGACCUGGGCUUGUGCCAACCGAACUUCUGGUUGCAGCUUCGCAGACAAAGAGACCAGCUGGUGAGGGACCAGUUUCCAAGUUGGUCGAGCUGCUGCGCGUCGGACGCGCAGAGCGCGCCGCGCAAACCCUUCGUGGCAUGGCAUCAUCGACAAUCACGGUGAAGCAGCUUGCCAAGUUGGUGGACAGCUUUGGGUUGCGAACCAGAGAAGCUGCAGCUCUGGAAGUGCUGAAUAUCAUCGAUGCGCAGCAGAUGGCCCUUUUUCCUUCCGCGCCUGGCAAAGCGUAUUUUGGGCGGUUCGCUCGCUGGGCAGUGCGAGACUUCAUUUCAGAUGCACAGUCCGCGAUUACCCAGGCGCACACUCUGCCACCUUUCGUUUUAGAUCGGAAUGGUGCAUGCAUCCAACAUCUUCAGAUCAAUGCUGGAAGCAAGGCGUCGCAGGUGCUGGUGCGACCUGUGGGAGUGAGCAGUGGAUGGUCCCACAACUUCCAGAAAGGUGACUGGCUGCUUCUGACCAGCCCGCACACGGCAAGCCCCAGCGAGUGUAGUGAGACGGAGCGACCUGGCGAGAUCUGCUGUGAGGUCGAAGUAGUCUCGGCCGCUUGGGACUCAAGUCUGGAACUUAGAAUCGUGGGGGAGUCGCCUGCGAUUGCUGCCAACAAAGCCCGUGGCCGCAGCUGCCGUCUAGACAGGAUUGCGAACCACGUGACCCUAAGCCGGCAGAUUGAGGCCUUGCACCGCCUGUGCAAGGUUGAUGACAUAGAGCAGCCUUUACUGAUUCAAUGGACUCCGCAGCUUCUGGCUUCCGCAAUGCACGGGGCUGCCAAGGACCAGGGUCAGGAUUCAGCACCGACCUGGAUUACAAAGCUCUUGCUUCAUGCAGACUCUGCAGGCCAGCCCGGAAUGGAAGCGGUCAUUGCAUCGGAGCCGUCCACUCUCACGAGGCUGAUCCCUGGUCAGAGUCUCCUCCUUGAAGCCAACGAGUCGCAGCGCCAAGCCUUAACAAUGGCCUAUUCUAGGCGGCUGACAUUGAUUCAGGGCCCACCUGGCACUGGGAAGACGACCACUGCAUUGCUUCUGGUGCGCAGCUGGAUCCAGUCCGGCGUUCGGCCGGUACUAUGCUCGGCUGACAGCAACAUUGCCGUGGAUAACCUGGUGGACGGCUGCGCCAAGGCCAGCUUGAACGUUGUGCGGAUCGGCCGUCCCGAAGCCACACGUGCAGACUUGGAGCAGUACAACCUUAUGCAAAUGGCUAGUGGCCUUGGGCCUGGUGGCUUUGACCCCCAGUUGCAGUACUCGCAGAUGAAGGGUGUUCUCGCAAGGGCCGACGUCGUCUGUGCCACCUGCGCAGGCUCUGACCAUCCUGUCUUGGAGAAGAUGAGUUUUGCAAGGGUUCUUGUGGACGAGGCAGGCCAAGCCACGGAAUUGUCGACCCUUGUGCCUCUGAUGAAGAUGAAAGCGGAGAGUGCUGUUGCCUUUGUGGGAGACCACCGGCAGCUCCCACCCUGUGUCAGCAAUAUCGAAGUUGACGUUGAAGGUUUUGGCACAUCACUCUUUGAACGUCUCGCAGCUCAGGGAGUCGAGCCACACCUGCUGAAUAUCCAAUACCGCAUGCACCCAUGCAUUGCCUUUUACCCAUCCCUGGCGUACUACAGUGGCCAAAUACGCUCUGGUGUCUCAGGCGCGAGACGGCAACCACCUCAGGGGAUUACGUGGCCGCAUGCAGAUGCACCCAUUUCGUUCCUACCAGUACAUGGUCGGGAGUUUUCAGAAGGCACAUCCUUUUCAAAUCACGCCGAAGUGGAGGCCCUCAAGGAGGUCCUGUUAAGCUUGCUGCGUUGGGAGGAUGUCAGGCCGGAGGAUGUGGGCGUGAUAACGCCAUAUGCAGCCCAAGCGCGGGCGAUACGCAAGCUGCUGGGCUGUCCCCCACCAGGCAAGCGUCAAGCCACAGCUCAGGGAGUGGCAGCAGUCGAAGUCAGCUCCGUCGAUGGUUUUCAAGGCCGAGAGAAGGAUGUGAUCCUUGUGUCAACCGUGAGAGCCAACCAGAGUGGCAGCGUUGGCUUCAUUGGCGACUGCAGAAGAUUGAACGUGACCCUUACCCGCGCCAAGCGGGGUUUAGUGAUCAUCGGAAAUUUCGAGACGCUGAUUUCGGAUUCCCAGGGCUGGGGCCCAUGGCUUUCCUGGGCGCAGCGAGGUGGACUCAUUGCAGGCCACCCAGCUUCCGAGCCGAGCGCGUCAGAGGCUUUGCAGAAGCUCAGCCAGCUGACCGAGCAAGCCCUGAUCUUGACGGGAUAG